GAUUUGGCGAGAGUCAUUUCUAAACAUGGCGACCACCGAAAGCAUGCCCGAACAAACGAAACACGCUGGCAUUCCUUUGGCAGAAUUUGUGGAAGAUGUUGAUAGUUAUAUGCAGAGAGCUAGUAAUGAAUCAGCUGAAGUAGUUCUCAAAAGGCUAGAUGAGCAACACAACAAAUACAAAUUCAUGGAAUACAACCUCAACACUAAAAAGGCCAGGUUAAAGUCCCAAAUCCCUGACAUAAAGACCUCUUUAGAUAUAGUAAAACAUCUACAGUCAAGAAAGGAUUCCACUGACCCAGUAGAGACAAGGUUUUUACUAUCAGAUCAGGUGUAUGCUAAAGCAAAGAUUCCACCUACAGAGAAAGUGUGUUUAUGGUUAGGGGCUAAUGUAAUGCUGGAGUACACAAUUGAUGAUGCCACAAGUUUGUUAGAAAAGAACUUAGAUGCAGCUACCAAAAACCUAACACAAGUUGAUGAUGAUUUAAGUUAUAUUAGAGACCAAACAACAACAUUAGAAGUCAACAUGGCACGAGUUUACAACUGGGAUGUGAAGAGACGCCAGGCAGCCCAGGGAUCAAAGUCUUAGUCUAUAUCCUACUCCAUGUCCAAGUUUUCUAACCUUAAUGAAAAAUCUGACACUUGUUUAUGACAAACUUUUCAAAUAUCAAACUAAUUUGAAAUUUCCUGCCAUUCUUUGCAGUGAAGUUUCCUGACAUUGGAAACAGUUUAAGCUUCUUUGCAGUUUUUCUGAUAUUAAAUGCAGGUUUGUUUCUUUAUAUUGAAAUUUCCUGACAUUAAAAACAGCUUUAGUUUCUUACAGCUAAGGUCUGCAAUGUACUUUUGUGAUGAAUAUUAUGAUUGAUAAGGUGAGGACAUUGCCUGUUUAGACAAGAGAAGGUAUAAGUGAUUUGUAUCGCAAACAAGUAAUCCUCUGCUGCGCACAAUGUAAUGAUGAUGGUUUUUAUCUUAUUUUAAGCAAAAUUUUACUAAAGAAAAUAUAGAAAAUGAAAAACAUCUGAUAUUAUUGAAGAUAUACCAAAAUCUGGACAUUAAGACUUUAAAGUUCGAACAUGGUGAAAACACAGCAGCAUGUGAUGGUUACAGUGACCUAAUUGAACAUAUUUGUGAACAAAAUACUAGUAUGUCUUUUUAUAUUUCAUAAACUUGGAAAUAAAUCCUCUGUAUGAUAUACUCUUA